AGUAGCUAGCUCACUCAAUUACAGUCGUCCUUCAUAUAGUUCUCUUCAAUCCGAUCGAACAAAUUAACCGAAUCCAUUGGAUUGGCCGCCGCAAUGAAUUAGUCCCAAAUUGCAACACACCCGACCCAUUCAUAGAAAGAAUUUCCCUUGUCAACUCUUAUACUUUCUCUAUAUAAAUAAAGUAAUCACAAGAAUUUGUGGUCUUGAGCUAUGCUAUGCAUUCCAACAUGCUGCCUUGUAUCUUUAGUUUCAUCUUCCUGCUUCUUCCACCAGUAUUUUCCGCGGGUCUAGUUGCUAAGCCCGGAUGUGUGGAUCGGUGUGGGAAUUUAUCGAUUCCAUAUCCAUUCGGAGUCGGGUCGGAUUGCUCGCUAGAGCCAUCUUUUAACAUCAGCUGCGAUACUUCCAGUGACCCUCCAAAAGCCUACAUCACCAUUCUUGGUACACACGUUAUCGAAAUAAACGAGUCGUAUGUUCGGGUCAAGUACCCGAAUUUCCUGGCUUCAGCUUGCUACAAUUUGUCGUACCACAUGCCUCUUAACCUGUCCGGAACCCAAUACACGCUGUCGGGAGCGAACUGGCUCACCGCCAUCGGCUGCGAUGAUAUGGUGGUCGGCACCGAACUACCCACCAGAAGUUCUUCGGCUGGUAGCACCUGCGCCUCGCUUUGCGCACAGGGGAAUGCUACGGCCGGAAUCGCCUAUUGCCCAGACAAUGGUAAUCGCUCGGUCAUCGGUAACGGCUGUUGCCAGGCCUUCAUUUCGCAAGGCACCACUUACCUGAAAGCACAGUUAACUGACCUAAGCGGAGCAUUGCAACGUCAUAGGCUUUUCCCAUGCAGCUACGCCUUUAUCCAGGAGAUGAGAAGCGCGAAUCAAUCGGGGUUUUCGUAUCACUUAAAUUUCUUACAGAAUAAUUCCAAGGCAUUCCCAGAAGAUGAGUUUAGGGCUACAUUAAUCACGGCACCAGUGGUGCAGCUGAACUGGCGGAUUGGGAAUAAGAAUUGCAGCCAGCAACUAUCGAAUGACCCUACUUAUGCAUGUCGAGAUAGGAGCAUUUGUGUUGAUUUAUAUAACACUGACGGAUAUCUCUGCAGCUGCUUUCAAGGAUACAAGGGUAAUGCUUACCUCAACGGAGGAUGCCAAGCAUUUUCCAAUUCAAUUGCGAAACGGGGAUGCCUGGACCAAUGUGGGAAUUUAUCGAUUCCAUUUCCGUUUGGAGUAGGCCCAAAUUGCUAUUUGGAGCCAUCUUUCAGCAUCGGUUGCAAUUUCUCCAGCAAUCCCCCCAAAGCAUACCUCUCCAUUCUUAAGGCCGAAAUCAUUGACCUUAGCCCAUCCCAGGUUCGGGUAUAUUACCCGAACAUGGCUUUAGCCUGCUAUGAUUCAUCAGAUGGUAAACGUGGGAUCAGCAAGACAGAGAGUCGAAGCUUCAUUAUUGACAUGACUGCAACUCCGUUUACACUGUCGGAUCAAAACAUGCUCACCGCCGUUGGCUGUGAUGAUAUGGUGGUAGGCUACGGUGAAUCCAACCGAAGUUUUGUCGGGGGCAGCUGCGCAGCCUUCUGCACCAGCUUGGAUGAUGUUGACGCUCAUGGAUACUGCGCAUCCUAUUUAUCUGAUAUGGAUAUGUAUCUCCCAGGCGUAGGCUGUUGCCAGACCGUCAUUUCCAGAGGCACCUCUUACCUAGAAGCAAAUUUGACAGACUUAAGUGGACAAUGGCGACGUAGUAAGCUGUUCCCUUGCAGUUUCGCCUUCAUCACACAGAAAACUGAAUAUUCUUUUGGUUAUUCGUUUCCGUUGGAGUACCUUCAAAACUCAACAGCACCACUAUUAGAUGAUUUUUUUUCAAUAAUGCUAGCAAUGGUGCUAGAUUGGAGGAUUGGGAUAGAGAAUUGCAAGCAAGCAAGAAGAAAUCCUACUACUUUUGCAUGUCGGGGUAAUACUAGUUGUGUCGAUUUUGAACCAAAUGUUGGAGGUUACCUCUGCAACUGCUUGAAAGGGUAUGAAGGCAAUCCUUACCUCGGACAAGGAUGCCAAGAUAUUGAUGAAUGUGGUGAUGAUACAACCAAUCCAUGCGAGUCAAAUUCAAUUUGCAUCAAUACUCCUGGCUCCUUUCUCUGUGAGUGUCCAAAAGGGUUUCGUGGCGAUGGAACGAAAUAUGGCAGGGGUUGCAUUGAGCUUCCACCAUCCAAGUCCAAGAUGAUAAUAUUGACAGGCAUGGGCUCUGGAUUUGGACUACUACUAUUACUCUUAAUGUGCAUUUGGUUGUAUAAGAUGUUGAGAAAGAGAAAGGAAAAAAUGGUUAAAGAGAAAUUCUUCAAACGAAAUGGUGGUCUUCUCUUGCAACAACAAACGAAUGAAGGUGCACUUGGAAAAAUAAAAGUUUUCUCUGCGAAAGAGUUGGAGAUAGCCACUGAUCACUUUAAUGAAAGCCGGAUUCUUGGACAUGGAGGGCAAGGCACUGUCUACAAAGGAAUGUUAUCUGAUGGUAAGAUUGUGGCUAUAAAGAAAUCAAAGUUGGUUGAGGAAAAUCAACUAGAACUAUUCAUAAAUGAGGUGGUGAUACUGUCGCAGAUCAAUCAUAGGAAUGUGGUCAAGUUGUUGGGGUGUUGUUUGGAGACUGAAGUUCCUUUGCUUGUCUAUGAAUUCAUGCCAAAUGGAACCCUUUUUGAGCUCAUUCAUGAUCCGAAUAAUGAAUUUCUAGUUCCAUGGAACAUGCGUUUGAAAAUCGCAGCAGAUAUAGCAGGGGCACUAGCCUACUUACACUCUGCAUCUUCCAUGCCUAUCUAUCACAGAGACAUCAAGUCUAGUAAUAUCCUUCUAGAUGAAAAAUAUGUUAUUAAAGUGUCAGAUUUUGGAACUUCAAGAUCCAUUGCUAUGGAUCAAACUCACUUAACAACUCUGGUUAAAGGGACGUUUGGGUAUUUAGAUCCGGAGUAUUUCCAGUCGAGUCAAUUCACAGAAAAGAGUGAUGUUUAUAGUUUUGGAGUAGUUGUUGUGGAGCUUCUUACUGGGCAAAGGCCGAUAUCUUUCGAUAAAACAGAAGAGGAAAGAGGGCUAGCAACACGGUUUCUGACAUGCAUGGAAGGAAACUGUCUGGACACAAUUUUAGAUCCUCAAGUUUGGCAGCAUGGAAGAAAGGAAGAGGUGAUUUUAGUUGCAAGGCUUGCACAAAGAUGUUUGAACUUGAAGGGGAGAAUGAGACCAACUAUGAAAGAAGUGGCUAUUGAAUUGGAAAGUUAUAGGAUAUCUGAAAUGUCCAGCGAUGUGAAAGUUGAAUCUGAAGAUGUGAGAGCUUUUGAAGACAUGCCCACCAUGAUUUCGGACAUUGAAUACACAUGGACAGGUAGUUAUAAGAAUGCUUCUACAUCGUCGUCAUCAGACACACAUCCCUUAAUGUUCCCAACAAUUAUUUGAAAGUUUGUCGUACUAGAGAACGUACCAUUUAUAGUAAUACUCAAAUUAGUGGCUCUCUUUGCACUCUUUCUAGUGAGAGGAUGAUUAAGACUUGAUUCUAUAUGUGCGAGCUGUGAGAUCAAAUUUGAUUUAAUUUACUACAAUAUUUUUAUAUUUAUCUCCUUAUUCA